AUGUCUCAACCACAAUCAGAUGAUUUAGUUGAUAGAAACCACCAAAUAGAAAAGACCAACCUCCCUCAACAGCAGACAAUGUUCUACCCAUGUGUCUACACCACGCCAUAUCCAAAAGAGCCUCCAAUGUCUGGAACUCUUCUCGAUGAGAAGUUAAAGAAUUUCGACGCAGAUUUCAUCAAACUGGGCGACGAGCUCCGCCGUGAAAGGAAGAUGAAGGUGGUAAAAUACUACACCCAACACUCGAGUGAUGACAAGAAGAGGUUGAAACUGUUGCUACGUUUUGCAAUCGCCUCGAAGCUACGUAAAUUGCAGCGUUUGCAGAAAAGAGAUACCGGUAGCUCUUUGGAGCGUCGAGACUUUGCAGGAUCUUCUUCGGGGCUUUCCGGGUCGCAUGAUGCUGAAAGGCUGGCUAUGGUUCAAGACCUCAACCAUGGCUCUCAUGUGGAUGCCUAA